UAAAUAUUUUUUAUUUUUGAGCGGUGCGAGGGUGACGUGUGUUCGAAGAUAAUAUACAUGUGUACUAAUCGGAUCAAUUCAUUUAAACGAAAGAAAUUGUUUUAUUUACGACUUUCAGAACAAAGAAAAAAGUAAAGAGCGUUUGUGGCAGGCGAGGUUACGCCGCUGCUAUCCUACCUGGCAACGAGAAACACUAUUUUCUGAUUGGCUGAUAGGUGGCUGAUAUUUUCUGAUUGGCUGAUCGGUUGUUCAUUCAGGCAGAGCAGUCUGUCAUCUGUUCACAGAAGAUUACUAAUCUUUCUAAUGCACAGUUUAUGUUACUAAUGCAGCGAGUUUUAUCGCCUCUGUGUGUGAGAAAUGUCAUGAGUGGCGAGGGAGCGUGUGAACUUAUUGAAAUGAGAAUUGAGAGACCUGCUUUAGCAUGCUAAUCACUGUUAGCGAACACAUGGACAUGAGACUCGCUUCAGCACCAACACUAAUUUUAACAUGAACGUCGUAUUUCAUUCCCGUCAACUAUUAUUCAGAGACGAGACGGUGGAAUUUUAACAUUUAACAAGACAAUAGUGUAAUAACACGGUGACUGUUGCUAGAAGGUAUUCCUCCGCCGCGCUGGAAUGUAGUGCCGUAGAUACAGAGCGGUUGCGGAGGGAUAUGAGAAGGCAGCGGCUCAGACGUGUGCUCGGUGCAAGCUGCUAGCAGCUCAUGUCUGUAAAAGAACACAGAUUCAGAGAAUAUUACGAAAAACAUGUCGUUUAAAAACAGAAUUUUGGCGGAAUAAAUAUUUAGUUAACACAUUAAAGGUCCAGAUAAGGAGCUGACGAUGACGAUGAUGGAGGUGGAGACUGAAACCAGAGGAGGAGGUUCUGACCCGAUGAAGGAUUGUGUGGAGGAUGAGGAGGAAACGUGGUCUCCGUCAUCAGAGAGACACGAGGGGGAAGGUGUGGGUCCAGGUGUGGGUCCAGGUUGCCGUCAGUCUGAUGGCGGAGGAAGUGGACUCUCGUCCAGUCAGGAUCCUCCCCAUCCCGGCCCCUCCAGCCCAGAGCUGCAGCCCCCCCCCAGCCCGUAGCUCAGUGAAGUCAGCAGGUGCUGCUCUGGGCUUCAUGGUCAAUGGCCGGCCGGUCCCCGCCCCUCCUGGAGGGGGCGCUGUGGAGCUGAAGCUGUGCUCUCAUCCAGGAGGUUCAGCCAGUGGCUUCACCACGGUCCAGAUCCCCGUCACCCUGACCCUCCACAGUCCUGCAGGAACCCAGCCCCCCCCCCCACCUCAUGGGGACCCAGAGCCCACCCCCAUCAUCACAGGUGUGGUCUCAGGUGAAGCAGCUCAGAAGGUUCUCAGCGACCACAAUGUGAAGUUCAGAUCCAGCGCCCCAGCCCCACAGAGGACCAGACCCCCCCCCAGCGGAGGACGGGGGACGCCCCUCAAGCUGCUCCGCAAAGGUGAACUCGGCCCCGUCUGCCCCCCCAACUGUGUCGCAUGCAGGUCUCAGUUCAAACUCAUCACGGAGCUACGAGGGUUCAUGUGUAUGUGCAGCCCUGCCCUCGCUGACAGUCUGAAGAACCUGAGGAGGAGGAGAACCAGACCCGUGAGGAGCAGAGACAGGAGGCGGACUAGCAGAGACUCUCAGAGUAAAUCCUCCAGGAGUCGACCAGGACUCUGUGCUAUUAAAAGCGCUUCGCCCGUUCAGAGGAGUCUCUCGGACCAGUUCUCCAGCCCCGCCCCCCCCGCCCCCCCCUCCCCUGCCUGUAGCCCACGGCAGCAGGACCAGUCCGGACCUCCUCCCGACCAGCCUCAGUCCGGACCUCCUCCCGACCAGCCUCAGUCCGGACCUCCUCCCGACCAGCCUCAGGGGAAACUGGUGAUACUGGUGGAGGACUUCUACUACGGUUCUGCUCCGGGAACCAUGAGAACCGGUCUGCAGGAGGGGAAGCACAGCGGCCCGUACCAGUGCAUCCACUGCCCCAAGAGGCUGCGCAACAACAUCAAGUUGAUGAAUCACAUGCAGCACCAUGUGUCCGUGAUGUCUCUGCAGGACGGAGGGACGGAGGGGGCGUCCUCCUGUCCUCACUGUUUCCGUCGCUUCCCGUCUCCGCUCCAGCUGCAGUGCCACCUACAGGUGGUCCACAGUCAGCGCGAGUCCACAGUGACCUGUAGGAUCUGUGAAGUGGCCUUCGACUCUGAGCCGACCUUCCUCUGGCACAUGAAGACCACCCACAAACCCGGAGAGAUGCCCUACGCCUGCCAGGUGUGUGACUUCAGGUCGUCCUUCUACUCAGACGUCUGGUCUCACUUCCACAAUGUUCAUGCCGACACCCGACACCUGCUGUGUCAGUACUGCUUCAGAGUACUGCGCAGUUACACCUGCUACCAGCAGCACUUCGCCCGCCACCAGAGGAAACACGUUCUCAGCUGUGACAAGUGUCGUCUUCACUUCCUGUACGUGAAAGAACGAGCUGAACACCGAGCGCUGCAUCACAGGACGCAUGUCAGCCCCCCCCAGCUCCGUGGCCUCAAGCCUGGCACCAAGGUGACUGUCAGGACGUACUCGGUGGUUCCGGGGUCGGAAGGUGAAGCUAGUCUGAAGACCAGCGCCCCCUGCAAGGUGGUGGAUGUUGCCCCCCCUCCCGUCAGACAGGCUCCUAAGAGGAAGCCGGUGGAGAGUCUGGGGACGCUGCUGUCCAGCCUCUCACCUGACAGGGUCUGUCUACCCCCUCAGAGAUGUCUCGAGUGUCUCAACCCCUUCGAUGACUUCAGCGCUCACUUCCCGUCUCUGGUCCACUGUUCGCUCUGCAGGUUCCUGACCUGCUGCUCCACCUCCUACGCCAACCACAUGAUCAAUAAUCACGCCACCUGCAGGAGAAACCCCCAGUACCAGACCAUGUUCCAGAACCAGCCCAGGGCGGCCCAGACGUUGAGGUGUGCGUCCUGUCCACUGUCCACCUGUAGAGGAGACGUGAUGGCCAAUCACCUGAUGGAGAGACCAGGACACACCUGCCUGACCGAGAGGAACCAGGCCCAGGAACCUGACAUCAAACCCGAGGGCUCUUAUUGUGAAAGGCAGAGGUUUGAGAGUUCCUCCUCUUCCUGUGGCCACACUAACUGCUCUUACAUCACUUCCUGUUCAAUGAUCAGAUGUUUUCCUCUCAGUGUGGCAUCGAGGGGCGGAGCCUUCAUCCCCAUCCACCUCGUCCCCUCCCAUCACUCCUCCUCCCAGCUGUCAGUCAAAGCCCUCACCUCCCCCUCCCCCCUCCCCUGCCCCCCCGCCAUGACCAUCAAGUUCCUGGGGCCCCGCCCACAACCUGGACAGCCUCGGCCCCGCCCCCUGUCCAUCCCCCAGCUGUCUGUUGUCCUGUCCUCUCUGUGUCAUGGCGUCUUUCAGGCGUCCCAGCGUCUGCUGGUGUCCCCGGGGACGAUCCUGUCCUGGACGGAGCAGCACCAGCUGGGCCUGGUCCAGCUCAGGUGGUGGUGGAGGACGGACAAGAUGGCGGAGUGGGUGCUGAGCCGCAGGGAGCAGCAGCUGAGCCUGGACGAGGACAUCCUGCUGAGGACGUCGAGGGCUGUCCUGGGAGAGGACGUCCCCCUGGUGGACUGCUACAGCUGGGCCGUGGACUUCCUCCUGAGACACGAGCUCGGUCUGAACCAGACCCAGAUCCACCGCCGGCUUCCCCGUAGCAUCCAGGACAGCAGCCGGUCCUUCAUCCAGACCCUCUGUCCACAGCUCCAGGGUCGAGGUCUUCCUCCGGGCUGUCUGGGCUGCAUGGACGAGUUUCCCGUCUUCGUGGACCCGACCCUGUUCUCCCACCAGGACCUGUUGUCCUUCCAGAUGUUUGGUUCCCCGGAGGACCGUCCCCUGUUUGACGUCGUCCUCACGGCUCUGUCUGACGGCACCUUCCUGCCCCCCCUGCUGUUCUUCAGAGGAACUGCAGAUGUCCCCGAGGGUUUCCCUGACAACGUGCUGCUGGAGGCUCGGGGGGACGGCUUCACAGACCAGGACCGGCUGCACAUCUGGAUUCACAAGGUGUGGCGCCCCCAUGUGUCCUCUCAGCGUAGCAGUGAGUCUUUGCUGUUGGUGGACGUCCAUCGAGGUCACCUGGACGACCAGUUUAAGGACCAGUUGUCCUCCGUCUCCACAGACGUCGUCUUUAUCCCGUCAGGAUGUUGCUGUCGUCUGCAGCCGUUCAACGUCUGUGUCACGCUGGUCCUCAGAAACGUCCUGCAGGCCCGCUGGUCUCAGCUGGUGUCCCAGGGGGGUCUGGAUGGUCUGGGUCUGGACCAGCUGGCCCUGACUCUGGCCUGCUGGCUCAGUGAAGUCUCUUCCACCCUCAAUUCAGACCCUGGGGUCCUCCGGAGGUCGUUCAGCUCAGCCUUGAACCUGCAGCAAGACGGAGACGAGGCAGCGAGGAUGAUCAGAGACCUGACCAAGACCCUGAUCCAGCCUCCUGAGACCAGAGGAGGAGGAGGAGGAGGAGGAGGAGGGGGAGGAGAACCAACUGGACCCACCAGGACCCACCAGGACCCACCAGGACCCACUGGACCCACCAGGACCCACCAGGACCCACCGGACCCACCAGGACCCACCAGGACCCACCGGAGCCCUGACCCUGCUCUGGACUCAGUGGACACUUCAUCAGAGACACCAGGGGACAGAGUCCACGAAGCUUCUGGUGUCCAGCUUUAG